GGACCGGUUUUCCUCUCGUGCUCGGGAAGCUUUCUCAGGACAAACGAACCGUAAAACCGGCGGCAAAAAAAUAGAAGUGGUCGAGACGCUACAAAUCUUUACAAAUACAAAUAUAUAACACAUACAUCGCCACAGAUACAAUUCACAAUUCCCACUUGCGAAAACCCACACUCCAUUUUGCAGUUUUGAAACUCUCUUUCAAUUUCCCUCCAAAAUCUCUAGUAAGUUUUUACUGUUUUAGCAAUGGCAAGCAAGCUUAAGGUAGAAGAGCUCCGUUCUGAACUCCUCAAACGCGGUCUUAGCACCUCCGGAAUUAAGCCCACCCUGGUUCGAAGACUCGAAUCUGCUAUUCGCAAAGAGAAGGAGCAAGUACCGGACGGAAAUGGCUGUUCGGUGGGGAAGAAGAGGGAAAGGGAUUUGGCAGAUGAAGAAGAGUUGGUUAAGUCAAAUGUGUCGGACAAAAUUGAGGCCGUGGAGGAGUUUCGGAACAUGGGUAUUAGGCAGCUGCGCGAACAAGCCUCUCUUCGUGGAAUUUCCACAACUGGGUCUAAGAAAGAAUUGUUGGAGAGGCUUUGUCAGGACUCUGACAAGGGCUUCGACAAUGGCAUUCCUCAAGCUGAGGAAGAAGGGGAUGAUAGAAAGGAGGAGAAGAUUAUUACUGCUACCAAGAAGGGUUCGGCAGUGUUGGACCAAUGGCUACCAGACGACAUGAAGACACAGUACCAUGUUUUACAUAUUGGGAAUGACAUCUAUGAUGCCAUGUUGAACCAGACAAAUGUUGGCGAUAAUAAUAACAAGUUCUACGUGAUUCAAGCUCUUGAAUCUGAUGAUGGUAGCAGAUUCAUGGUUUAUAAUAGAUGGGGAAGAGUUGGCGUGAAAGGUCAAAACAACAUACAAGGCCCUUACACAUCACGAGAAAGUGCCAUCCAUGAGUUUGAACAGAAAUUUUAUGCGAAGACCAAGAAUCACUGGUCUAAUAGAAAGGAGUUUGUUUCCUACCCUAAGAGCUAUACUUGGUUGGAAAUGGACUACAAUGAAAACAAGGAGGACUCAACUGUCAAAGAACAGCCUAUCUCAGCUUUACAAGCAAAACCUCAGAACACUAAGCUUGAGCAGCGUGUUGCAAAGUUCAUAUCUCUCAUUUGCAAUGUCAGUAUGAUGAAGCAGCAAAUGAUGGAAAUAGGAUAUAAUGCUGAUAAAUUACCACUUGGAAAGUUAAGCAAAUCAACAAUUUUGAAGGGCUAUGAAGUGCUGAAGAGAAUUGCUGAUGUGAUUGGCCAAUCUGAUAGGAGAACACUAGAGCAAUUAAGCGGAGAAUUUUACACUGUCAUUCCUCAUGAUUUUGGAUUUAAAAAAAUGCGUGAUUAUGUAAUCGACACUCCUCAGAAGUUGAAAAGCAAAUUGGAAAUGGUUGAAGCACUAAGUGAAAUUGAGGUGGCAACGAAAUUGUUGAAGGAUGACAUUGGUUUUCAGGAAGAUACCCUGUACUCUCAUUAUCAAAGCCUUCGCUGUGAGCUGACACCGCUUGAUGUUGAUUCCGAUGAGUUCACCAUGGUGGCAAAAUAUAUGCAGAACACUCAUGGAAAAACACAUUCAAAUUAUACUGUGGAUAUUGCCCAGUUAUUCAGACUAUCAAAGGAGGGUGAAGAAGACCGUUUCAGAAAGUUCUCAAGUGCCAAAAAUAGAAUGCUGUUGUGGCAUGGUUCACGGCUCACGAAUUGGACUGGAAUCUUAUCCCAAGGUUUGCGCAUUGCUCCACCCGAAGCACCUGUAACUGGUUACAUGUUUGGGAAAGGGGUUUACUUUGCUGACAUGUUCUCCAAAAGUGCAAAUUAUUGCUACGCUUCCCACAAUGCUACAACUGGCGUGCUUCUUUUGUGUGAGGUUGCACUUGGUGACAUGGCUGAACUUCUAACUGCAAAGUAUGAUGCUGAUAAGCUACCAAAGGGAAAGCUAAGCACGAAGGGAGUUGGACGAACUGCUCCUGAUCUCUCCGAAGCUCGGGCGCUCGAUGAUGGUGUUUUAGUUCCCGAAGGAAAACCGAAAGAGAAUCCACACCAUGAGGGUGCUUUACUGUAUAACGAGUACAUUGUUUACAAUGUCGAACAGAUUAGAAUGCGCUACGUUGUUCAGGUCAAUUUCAAUUUUAAGCGUUGACUCAAAAACAUGUUCAGGUCAAAAAACAUGGAAGUUGACUUUAAUGUUAGCUCCUAUCUGUCUUUGUUUUUUUGUCUUGUUAUUAGGACAAGACGGAUAUAUGGAGGAAGCGUAGACAGUUGUAUGUACAAAGUUAAUGUAUCACUCACAUAAGAUUGAAUAA